CCCGGCCGCGCUGCGAGCGCUGCCGGGCCCGGCCCCGCCGGCCGGCCCGGGGCGGGAUGGAGGUAACGGUGGGAGGGGGCGGCGGGACCCCCUCGUGACAGCCCUUUCUGUCCCCAGCUCCUGGACUUUCCCACCUCCUCGAGUAAAUAAAUAAGGAACUUACAUCCCGCCGGCGGAGGCUGGAAGGAUCCGGAGGCCGUCCCCGCGCUGCCCACCUGGAGCGCAGGUGUGAGGAUGGGCCUGGCCAAGAUGCCCAGCAAGGCUGCCCUCGGGAGCGGCAGUGGGAGGCAGUGGAGCUGGCCUCGGCAGCGGGAGAGGCUGGACUUCCCGUGUCUCUGUGCUGAAUGGCUGCGAUGGCGCCCGCUCUCACUGACGCAGCAGCCGAAGCUCACCACAUCCGAUUCAAGCUGGCUCCCCCGUCCUCCACCUUGUCGCCUGGCAGUGCCGAGAGCAACGGCAACGCCAACAACAUCCUCCUGGCUGCCAACGGCACCAAAAGGAAAGCCAUUGCUCCGGAGGAUCCCAGUCUAGAUUUCCGAAACAACCCCACGAAGGAAGAGCUGGGCAAGCUGCAGCCGCUAGUGGCCUCUUAUCUCUGCUCGGAUGUAACAUCUGUCUCUUCAAAAGAGCCUCUGAAGCUGCAAGGAGUCUUCAACAAGCAGACAGUCCUUAAAUCUCACUCUCUCUUAUCUCAGUCCUUUUUGAAAACAAGUGAUCUGUUGGGGAGGCAACCGGUGUUGGAAUUCACUUUGGAGAAUCUAAAAACAAUGAGUACUAAUAGCCAGCCACCUCUCCCACAAGCGCCUGUGAAUGGCUUGGCCAAGAAAUUGGCCAAAAGUACCAAUUCAGACCAUGAAAACUCUAGUUCUCUGAAUGGUGGGAAGUGUGCUUCUCCUUCUGCUGCCCUCCAGACUGUUGACUAUAACACAGGAGGUUCUGAAUUGGGGGACUUGAAGACCGGGUUGACCAAUUGCACUCUUCCACAUAGAAGCCUUGAUGCAGAGCACGCAACUCCCUUUAGCAAUAAUAGCACUGCAAAUAAAUCCUCCCUUAACUCCGCAGAGCAGCAGUGGGUGCUCGAGGGCGGCAGUGGGGACACGCGGGUGCCCGGUGUCGGGAGCGGUAAGCUGGAGGAGCAGAAACCUUCUGUGCUGGCUGGUCACCACAGCGCUCUGGACUCGGAGAUGAGGACGAGGGCCCUGCUGCGGCGUCAGGCGGACAUCGAGAGCCGAGCCCGGCGCCUGCAGAAGCGCUUGCAGGUGGUGCAGGCGAAGCAGGUGGAGAGACACAUCCAGCAGCAGUUGGGCGGCUUCUUGGAGAAAACGCUCAGCAAGCUUCCAGCCUUGGACCCCCUGAGGCACCGGAGCCAGCUGAUGUUGACCAGAAAAGCAGAAGCAGCCUUGAGGAAAGCUGCGAGCGAGACAGUUACUUCGGAAGGCCUGAGCAACUUCCUGAAGAGUGAUUCAAUAUCAGAGGAACUGGAGAGAUUCACGGCCAGUGGCAUGGCCAACUUGAGAUGCAGCGAGCAGGCCUUUGACUCGGAUGUCACUGACAGCAGCUCGGGGGGAGAGUCGGACGUUGAAGAGGAGGAACUGACCAAAGCAGACCCAGAACAACCCCACGUACCACUGAGGCGGAGGGCAGAGUGGAGGUGGGCAGCAGACCGUGCCGCCAUCGUCAGCCGCUGGAACUGGCUCCAAGCCCACGUGUCGGACCUGGAGUACCGCAUCCGGCAGCAGACGGACAUCUACAAGCAGAUCAGAGCCAACAAGGGGCUGAUAGUUCUUGGUGAAGCUUCGCCCGCUGACCCUGCCGUAGAUGAUUCGUCCCGUCCCCUUAGAGCUGAAGUUAGGCUGGAGCCUGGGGCCGACAGGCUGAGUGUGUCUGGAUCCCAGCCCCUAGAAAGCUUGGGUGUUUCUGCUGCAAAUACUCCUGAAUCCCACCCCACCAAGCCCUGCGGAGCACCAAGACCCGUCAAUGGAGUUAUUAACACUCUGCAGCCUGGCCUGGCAGAACACGCUCAGGGAGAUGGCCAGGAAGCCGAGGAGCUCCUCCACAAGAAGCAGCGCCUGUCCCUGGUCCCCGCGGACGGGACGUGCGUGGCCGCGCGCACCCGCCCCGUCCUCAGCUGCAAGAAGCGGCGCCUCGUCCGACCCAGCACCAUCAUGCCCCUUUCCAAAAAGGCCCACCGUGGCAGCCUGGCGCGCUGCAGCUGCGACGUGAACCCCUCGUGUGCCCUGUGUGGCACCCGCAGCUCCUCCACGCUGGAGAUCCAGUACGAUGCCCCUCUGCUGGAGCGCCUGUCCCAGCUGGACUCCUGCAUCCAUCCUGUCCUGUCAUUCCCAGAUGAUGUGCCGACGAGCCUGCACUUCCAGAGCAUGUUGAAAUCCCAGUGGCAGAACAAGCCCUACGAGAAAACUAAACCUCCCAAGAAGCUGUCUCUGAAGCACAGAGCCCCCGUGCCCCCCAGCCUGGCUGACCCCGCGCGCAAGGACCGCCACAAGCUGGUCAACUCCUUCUUCACCGCGGCCAAGCGCUCCCAUCAAAAAGCCCAAGCAGACAAGGCACACAGGCCGCCUUUAGACGAUUUUUCGGCCGUGUCCAAGGCCGAGAGAGCGCCAGAGCGCUCUGCCCAGCCUCCUGCCUUUGACAAAAAGCGAUUGCGAGACUGCUCAUCUGAGAGGAGUGAAGUGUUGAAGCAUCACACGGACGUCGGUGGCCCGAGCUACCUGUCAGCAGCUGUGACCCCCUCCCCUCACAGCCCCAUAGCUCGGCAGCUCUCCACCUCCUCCGAGGGCUCCACUCCCACCAGCUCCACCUCCCAGGGCACCUCCAGCACUGCCCAGCCGAGGAGGAGGAGGGGUGAGAGCUCCUUUGACAUAAACAACAUCGUCAUCCCCAUGUCCGUGGCUGCCACGACCCGCGUGGAGAAGCUGCAGUACAAGGAGAUCCUCACCCCCAGCUGGCGUGAAGUUGAUAUCAGUGCUCUGAAAGCCAACCCUGAGGAGGACAACGAGGAGGUUGAGGACUUGUCAGAUUCGGCCUUUGCUGCUCGGCACGGGAAGUGUGAGGAGAUGGAGCGGGCGCGGUGGCUCUGGAGCACGAGCGUCCCCCCGCAGCGCCGGGGCAGCAGGUCCUACAGAUCAACAGACGGACGGACGACCCCCCAGCUGGGGAACCCCUCGACUCCCCAGCCAGCAUCCCCUGAGGUGGGCAACUACCACUCCCACUUGGAGCUGUCCCACACCCACUCACCACGCAGCCCCAUCAGCCCCGAACUGCUCUGUGCCCCCCUGACCCCCCUGUCCCGGGACUCCCUGCGGCUCCUGUCCAGCGAGGACACGCGUUGCUCCACGCCCGAGGCCGGCCUGGACGAGCAGGCCGUGCAGCCCUGGGAGCGCCGCACCUUCCCGCUCUCCUACGACCCCCGGACGGAGUGCGAGGAGCAGCCCGACCCCCAGGACCGGCUCUCGCGCUGCACCCGCCGCACGUCGGGCAGCAAAUCCUCCCGGGAAUGCGAUGGCACUUCGGCUUCGCCCAGCCUGCCCAGCCUCAAGAGCCGAACCCCGCUGGCCCCCCCCUCCUCCUCCUCCUCUUCCUCCUCCUCUUCCUCCUCCUCCUCCUCCUCCUCCUCCUGCUCCGCAGUCCUGCGGCCAGCGCACAGAUAGAGACACACGGGGAGACAUGAGCAAACCAACACACAGAACUAACUCUUGGCAUUAAAGCUUCCAAAAUCUGCGUUUGAUAUUCAAACAUCCUGCCGGGAAUUUUCACAGUUUUUAGUGAAUUUAAGGAGUUUAGAAACUGUUUUUUGUUUUCUUUUUUUUUUUUUUCCUUUUUUUUUGAUUUUUUUUUUCCUUCUCCAUGUUUCCUCGUCACAUGAAUGAGCCCCCAGAUUCCUCCCAGCGGAGUGAAGCCUCGGGAGGGGAGCAGCCCACCAGACCCCCUCCCCUUUCCUCCCUCUUUUAGGUGUAUAAAACUAGAGCACAGGAUUUAGCUGACUAGCAGAUUUCGGGGAUAGUUUUUCCCACCAAAAGGGUGUCAUUUUCUCUUAACCCACUCCCCCCACCCUGAAAGGUUUUAGUGGAGUGAAAUUAGUGGUGAAAAGUGAUGUCUUGGGAUUGCAACCUUCACUGUCUGGCUGUCCUCACCUGCAGAGUGCCCACCUGCACUUCACCCUGCUGCGUUUUCCUGCCCCAGGUUGUAGUUCCAGGUAUCCAAAGGGGGGAUUCUGUCCCUCCCUGAUCCUCACUCUGCCCCUGGGGACACCUCUCCCUUCCUUCUCCCCUGGUUUGGAGCAGCCGUGGCUCUGGCAGGGGGAAAGGAGGGACCUUGUGGCUGCUCCACACUCGGCGUGGCAGGGGUGGGAGUUGGGAAGCACCUUGUGCACACCCUGGUGUGUGUGGCGAGGGCAGGGAGGGGAAGAGUCCCCGAUGCUUUGAGCAGGAGCAGAAUUCCCGGAGCACUCGGAUGCCCUUUGGGCUGGGCUGGAGCUGUGCCCUCGCUGUGGGCUCGGGCAGUGGGGGAGCCGUGGGCGAGGAGCUGGGUGCCACGGCUGGGUUUGUGUCACACAGGGCGGGCAGAGAGGGAAGGAUGGAGGCAGGAGGCAGCUCCGGGGGGAUCAGGCUCAUCCCGGUCCCGCGUGGGGUCACCGCAGCUUCGCUCCACUCCCGCACCGUCCCAGCUCCGGUGUCGGUUCCGUUUCAUUUCGGGGCGCCCGCCGUGCCCCCUCCUGACAGGUAUUUUGAGUUUGAACCCCGAGUUUGUUGUUCCUCCCCGUCCCCUCCCACCCGGUUCCGCACCCGCAGCGAUCCCGGUCCCCGCACACCGUCCCCAUCGUAACGCUUCCCGGUCCCGACGGUGUGGCUCCUGGGCCCUGUCCUGUUGCUAGCAUUGUGCCUGUCUUAUGUAUAAUCACAUCACCAAAAAAAAAAACGGGAAAAAAAAAAAAAAAGGG